AUGACCGCUGCGAUAGACCCGAUUCAGGCCUCGGCUGCCUUUUUCAACCCCCAGAGUCGAGCACCAGACCCUGCCGAUCUCAGCGCCCUAUACAUAUUUCUGAGCAAACAUCCCCACGGGAAAACCUUGCUUCAUCAUGUGGCCUCCCUGACUGACGUGUUGCAUCUAUUCGCUGUCCAUCGAGAGGAUGUGCGAAAUCUGCCCAAUGCUGAAAACUAUGUACGCCUGCUGAUAGACUGGGCCAAUGGGGGCCCCUCUGCCCCGGUCUCCGAAGCUCGCACGGGAAUCAUCGCCCUACCCUUGCUCCUGAUUCUUCAGUUGGGGGAGUACCUUCGCUACCUGGACUUCCAUGGUAUCUCUCACGCCGACUUUAUUGCCCAGAUACAGAAAGGAGGAGGUAUUCAUGGCUGUUGUGCAGGAGAGCCGCCUGCUCUUUCCAUAGCCUGCGCGAAGGAUGAAGGGCAGAUCAUGGACAAUGCUGCGGUAUUUCUGCGAAUAAUGGUGGGAAUGGGAGCGUACAUCGAGGCUUUGGAUGAUUGGACCACGAGCGAGUCCAACAUCUUGGCCGUCCGCCUCAAGUAUGAAGGCCAAGAGGAAGAGUUCACGAAAAUGUUUCCGCGUACAUAUGUUUCGACAAUUACAGAGCCUCGCACGCUUAGUUUUAUAGGAAAUGCGAAAUCUAUAGCGGCCAUGUAUGAGUAUUGUCGGGAAAACGGUCUACCAGCAGACAAGAUGGAUGUGACUGGAAAGGCUCAUAACCCAGAGAAUGAGCACGUAGUGCCAGAGUUCAUGGACAUUCUCAACAAGAAUUCAUCUAUGCUUCAGCUGCCUCAGCAAAGUCGACUACAAGUCACUGUACGAUCGAGCAUAACCGGAAAAGCAUUGACUGAUGCCGAAAUCAUGGAGGAUAUGAUAACUAUGAUGCUCGCAUCCUGCUGCGACUGGUAUGGCUUGGUCAGCCAAGUUGCCCUCGAUCUCAAAGCCUCAGAACGUCCAGCUCACCGGCUGGUCAUUUUCGGACUCAAUGAUAGUGUGCCCUUGUCACCAUUCAAUAAGCAACGCCUCAAGACUUUCAAGUUCAAAGCAAAUCAACUGCUUGUCUCUGACCCUCAACCAAAUUCCUCGACAGCCUUCCCCUCCAAAUUACCAGAGUUCCCUGACAGUACUAUCGCAAUCGUGGGACUUUCGUGUCGGUUCCCGGGCGCAAACAAUCUUGAAGAACUCUGGGACUUGAUUGCCAGAGGCCAUGAUACUCACGAAGAAGUGCCAGUCGAGAGAAUCAACCUCGGCAGGAGCUACAGGGCCUUACAGGAUGAACAUAUGGCGAAAAGAAAGUUCUUUGGCAACUUCGUCGAUGAUAUCAAACGUUUUGACAAUUCUUUCUUUGGCAUCAACGCCAGAGAAGCCGCCAGCCUGGACCCCCAGCAAAGAAUGCUUUUGGAGCUGUCUUAUGAGGCUUUAGAAUCGAGUGGGUACUUGACCUCUCAUCAGCGGAGCGCGGAAGACCCAGUUGCUUGCUUCAUCGGAGGCAGUCUGAACGAAUAUCUGGAAAAUACCGCCUGUCAUGCCCCGUCAGCAUAUACAGCUACGGGUACCAUCCGCGCCUUCAUGUGUGGCCGACUCAGCCAUUACUAUGGCUGGUCUGGCCCCGCCGAGGUCCUGGAUACUGCAUGCUCCUCGUCCUUGGUGGCCAUACAUCGAGCGUGUCGCGCUAUUCAGGCAGGAGAAUGUACCAUGGCAAUAGCCGGUGGAGUAAGUGCACUCACCACGGCAGGCAAUUUCUUUGACUUGGGAAAAGCGGGAUUCCUUAGUCAAACAGGCCAAUGUAAGCCUUUUGAUGCCGCUGCCGAUGGAUACUGUCGUUCUGAGGGCGCCGGGUUGGUCGUUUUGAAGAAAUUGUCUGAUGCGGUCAGUGCUGGGGAUAACAUCUUUGGCGUUAUCCCUAGCAUUGCUACCAACCAAGGAGGAACUUCGACCACCCUCACGGUACCAUCACCGACAGCACUAAAGGCCCUUUAUAGAAGUCUUUUUGAGAAGUCGGGUCUCAAGCCGUCUCACGUCACCUACGUGGAGGCUCAUGGAACGGGAACUCAGGCAGGAGACCCCAUCGAAAUGGAAAGCAUUCGGGCAAUACUGGGAGACUCGUCACGAGCAACACCGUUGUCUAUCGGCUCUAUCAAGGGUAACAUUGGGCACUGUGAGCCUGCUGCAGGUGUUGCUGGGCUUCUCAAGGUGUUGGCCAUGAUGAAAUUCAGCGGCAUCCCCCCUCAGGCGAAUCACAGUCGCCUGAACCCGGCAAUUUCAGCACUGGAGCCGGAUGGAAUGGAGAUCACCCGAAAGCUCCGGGAUUGGAAUGUUCCUCAGCGCGCUGCUUUGGUGAAUAGUUACGGUGCUGGAGGAUCGAACUGCGCGCUGUUGUGCUGUGAGCCAGUACCCCGGGAUGAUGCACUGAGACGCAGCCAUGCAUUAUCGUCACCGGCAAGGAACCGGAGGGUCGCAUUUCCGUUUAUCUUGAGCGCAGCCUCGAAAUCAAGCCUUACCGAGCAUUCUCGGGACCUGGCAACACAUCUGUCAAGACACGCUUCCAAGGUGGACGUGGCCAGUGUUGCAUUUACUUUGAAUGAGCGGAGGAAACGCCACCGUUUCUGCUUCAGUGCUACCGCGACCGAUGUGUCUGGAUUGGUUCGCACCUUGAACCAGGUUGAAGCGCCAAGCUUUGAAUACACACGACAGCACAAUGCGGUGGUUAUGGUCUUGAGCGGGCAAUAUGAUAACAAGGUGGCGUUAGAUCGAAACUUCUACGAAGCAUACCCCGCCUUCAAGAGCUAUAUUGACGCCUGCGAUGCAUCACUAAUUCAGCUGGGGUUUCCGGGUAUUGCCACAGCGAUUUUCCAGAAAACACCCAUUGACAGUGCACUGAGCCUGCAAUGCAGUAUCUUUGCGGUACAAUACGCCUGCGCUCGCUGCUGGAUUGAUGGCGGGCUUAAGCUUGAUGCCAUUAUUGGCCACAGUCUUGGCGAGAUAGUCGCACUGGGGGUGUCUGGAGCUCUUUCCCUCACUGACUGUCUGAAGUUGAUUGCAUAUCGAGCCCGACUCAUUGAUACAAAAUGGGGAACUGAGCGGGGAGCAAUGCUCGCCAUACAUAGUAGCCCGAGUGAUGUCCAGAAGCUCAUUACCCACUUGUCUGGUCUUGAAAAGACUGCUAAAUUGGAGGUCGCUUGCUAUAACUCGCCCACUUCGGUAGUUAUAGCAGGAGCUUCAGCCACCGUGGACUUGGCUGAGCGUGUUCUAUCCACCCACAAAGAGUUUUCUGGGCUUAAAUACCAACGUCUAUCAACAACUCAUGCAUUCCAUUCGCAUCUUGUUGAGCCCAUAAUGCCGGAUUUGGAUGAUAUUUGUCGCAGCAUGACAUGGAGCAAACCCAGCAUUCGAGUGGAGGCCUGUACUCAGGAGGAGCUCAAAUCUAUUCAGGACUGGAAUGCUGCUCGACAUGCGAGAGAUCCAGUGUACUUUGUUAAUGCCAUACAGCGCCUUGAACAGCAGCUCGGCCCUUGCAAUUGGCUUGAGGUUGGCAUAAAUAGUCCAAUUAUACCGAUGACCAAGAGAGCUAUGCGAGAUGUCAAAGCACACACAUUCCAUCCAGUCAGUAUCCGGCCAAGUGAAGGGCCGGAGACCGGCAUUGCCACGGUUAUUUCUGACCUAUGGCAUUCAGGGCUUUCUGUGUCCCAUUGGUCCUUCAUCCGAGAUUUUCCUACAGGGCUUAAAGAAACAUGGUUGCCUCCUUAUCAUUUCGAGAGGAACCAGUCCUGGACUGAGAACAUCGACCGAGCUAUGGAGUUGCACGAAAAGCUCUUGGCAGCUUCGACUGUCUUAGAUUCCGCAGCUUCUGUGGCUGCACCUCCCAUGAGACUGAUCACUCGAAAAGAAGCAGGCCCCUGCGACUCCCAUAUGAGCUUUCAUAUCAAUACGACAUGUGAAAGAUUUCAGGAGGUGGUCAAGGGACAUGCUUUCUUGAAGCAACCACUUUGUCCUGCACCCUUAUACCUAGAGGGUGUUACCAAUGCCAUUCAGCUUCUACUCGGGGAUAUGGCUACACAGCACCUAACUUUUGAUGAUUUGCAGUUCAAGGUGCCUCUGGGGUUAGACCGAUCGCGUGAAGUGGAGCUGCAGCUCCAAGAGCUUGUUCCCACGCAAUCCUGGAAGUUCACUGUGUAUUCCACAACUCCAGAGUCCAGACAACCCUCGGUCCAUUGCGUAGGCAUGGCUACCGUAACAGCACAAGCCAACCUGACUACAUAUGGGCGACUGGUGGAUGGCGCGUUCACUCGAGUCCAAGACUGCCAGGCGGCCGAGCGCUUCAUGGCAAGGAGGGCGUAUGGGUUGUUCUCGAAAGUGAUGCACUACGCUCCCUUCCUCCAAGGUAUCCAGUCCGUGGUAGUGGAUGGAAACGAAGCGGUAGCAACCGUCAAACUUCCAGAAGGCCAGCCUGGUCGGAUAGAGAGCCCUACUUGGAUGAGAUGUGAUGCGGUGCUCCUUGAUUCCCUAAUUUCGGUGACAGGGUUGCUGCUAAAUACCAGCGAAAACGCUGCUGAUGACCAAGUCCUGAUUGCGGUGGGUAUUGAACGUGUGAUUCUGACAACAGCCUGUCUAGCAAAUUUCGAGGGGGGGUGGUUCGUCUACACAAGUAUUAAGUCGGCUGGUAAUAAUCAGUUCAUUGGGGAUGUCUUCGUACGCUCCCCCGAAAGACAGGUGGUAGCGAUGAUGUCAGGAGUUCGGUUUAAUCAACUGGACAAGGUGAAGUUGGGCAAAUUCCUUGGAGCUGCUAACGCCAGCGUUUCUUGGCCACAGCAGCCAGUAUCGCGCCCUGAUCGCAUGCCGGCUCAAAAAGCCCCUGAUACUGCCGCUAUGUCUACCGUUAAACUGCCAAUAAUCAGUGACACGGAAUCAAGUCCUAUGACGGCUACAACAGCCGUGACAACCCCACCAGAAGAAAAGUACAGGAACCCCGAAAUUGUGAUUAAGGAGCUCAUAUCGAAUUACACUGGUUUGGAUCCGGCCGACAUCCCUGCGGAUGCUGUCCUCAUAGACCUUGGUAUCGAUUCUCUAUCUUUGAUGGAAUUUUCGGAUGAGCUCAACGCAGCAUUUGAGUCGAGCAUCAGUACCGUAGGCCUGGGACAAACGUCUGUGGAGAACCUCACUGAAAUGGUGAGGCAAAAGUCGCCUUGGGACUCUCGACUCACAAAUGGUAGUGAUAAUAUUAUACAUCACAAUGAGCCGGUAUCGCCUAUUGAUUCUGGUAUUCCAUCGGCUAUCUUACAAACCAAGCUCAACGGGGUAGUUGGACAUGAAGGUGACAAGACCGCAGCCACAAGGGACCCAGUAGAGGCGCUGCUCGAAGUCGACAGCCAAUUCCAAGAUGCGGCAAAUAGGAAUGGGUAUAUUGCCUACGGGUCCAAUGUUUUACCGUUGCAAAAUCUUUUGGUGCAGGCCUAUAUCUUGGAAGCCUUCGAGGCUAUGGGGGUUCCCGUCCUGUCUUUGCCCUCAGGGACGGUUAUUCACCCAAUCAAGCAUAUACCCAAGCACAGCAAGCUCGUUGCUCGACUGUGGGAAAUUCUUCAGACUCAUGGGGUUGUUUUCAUACAGGCGAGCAUAGUAGUUCGAGGUCGUGAAACCCCAAAAUUUGGUUCUGCUGCGGAGGUGUAUGAGAACUUUGUUUCCCGCUUUCCAGCCUAUUUGCCGGAAGCACAGUUGAUGAAACUGACCGGAGAAAACCUGGCACCCAUUCUCAAGGGCGAACAAGAUCCUCAAUCGCUGAUGUUUGGAAGUUCAGCCUCAUUCAAAAUUAUGGAAGACUAUUAUGCCAACUCACCAAUGGUAUCCACAUCUACGGAUCAGCUCGUAACUCUAGUCACGAUUUUGCUUCGCGGACACGAGAUGCAUCAUAAGAGCGAUAAGCGGGUCCCUCGCAUUCUGGAAGUUGGUGCAGGCACCGGGGGCACGACUCUGCGGCUGGCGCAGGCUAUCGAGGCGGCGAGAAUCCCGUGCCAAUACACCUUUACCGAUUUAUUUGCACCGAUUGUCUCCAAAGCGAAGGACAGAUUCGUUGAUUUCUCCUGGAUCGACUACGACACCAUUGAUCUAGAAGAGAAAACGAGAGCCGAGCAUCGCAAUCGCUACGACAUAGUCAUCGGAACGAACUGUGUGCACGCAACCUCCAGCAGGGUUGGAACUUGCCGCAGGCUCAGGGACUGCCUGACUGAUGACGGGGUUGUGAUUCUAUCAGAAGUAACUCAACCGCUGGCCUGGUUUGACAUGACUUUCGGCUUGCUUGAUGAAUGGUGGGUGGCCGAAAACGGAACCGAGUAUCCUCUUCAGCCAGCGGCCAAGUGGAUGGAGGUUCUUCAGGAAGCGGGAUUUUCUCGCACGAGCUUCACUCGAGGAGUGGGGAGCGAGACACCUCUGCAGCAAUUACUUGUUGGAAGCAAAGUGCAAGGAUAG